AUGCGUCAAAUCAAGGAGCGGUGCUCUGUUCGAAUUUCAUGCUCCAUCGAUUUAAAGUUUGUAGUAAUAAGUUUUACCGUCAAUAAAAUGGCACCAAAAAAAAACAGAUAUUUCAAACAAUCAGCGGUAACGUCCUCUCAACAUCACCUAACCAUUGGUGAAGAUUUUACCAUGAGUGGAUACCGUUUGAAUACUCACACUGUCGCCCCUACACAUCCGUUAGGAGUCAAGCCAUCAGGAAACGCAUUACUUGAGGGAAACAAAGCCAAAGAUGAGGUUCAGAGGAGAAAGCUACUCGGAAAGUUCGACUAUUUGAACGAAGAAGCAUUAAUUUUCAUCAUAUCACUCCUAAAGACGCCACGAGAUCUGCUUAAUUUCGGACAUGCGUCGAGAAUUCUUUACGCCUACACCUAUAGUGAAGAUCUUUGGAGAAAGCUUUACGUCGACGAGUAUAUCCUCUUGGAGGAAAAUCUCAAAGAACCGAAUGCAGAAGUUUAUCCAUUUGGGUGCAGGAGUUGGAGAGGAACUUGGAGGAAGACUGUCUUAGGGUUAGACAGUGAGGCUUUGAUCCAUGCGCAUGAUUUAGUGUUUUCAGACUACUUGUACAGACCGUACCAGUGUUCUCAAAUCGAUUUCGAACACUUAUUUCGAAAAGUCAUUAAUAAUGAGCAAGCACUUCGAGACCAAAACAAACCUCAAAGUUACGGUUUAGGCGUUGAGAGAAUUGAUGAAGAACAUUUUACUUUGAGCGCUUUCGAAAAGCAUUAUGUGGAUAAGCCAUUUAUUUUACAAAGCAAAAGUGCAUCAAAUAGAUGGCCGAGCUGGACCAUGGAGAAUCUUCUGAGUCAAUUUGCAUCGACACAUUUCCGGCAGGAGGCUGUGAAGUGGCCAUUGUCAGUUUACGCGGAUUACUUUAAACGAAAUUGCGACGAAUCACCACUAUACCUUUUUGAUUGCAGUAGUGAAGCUAUUCGCCAGUUACAGAAAGAGUACGAAGUUCCUAAGGUAUUUCAGAAUGACCUUUUCAAAGUUUUUCAAAACGGUGAUAUCCGAUGCAGGCCUGACCAUCGGUGGCUCAUAGCCGGACCUCAAGGAAGUGGCUCAACUUUUCACAAGGAUCCCAAUUACACAAGCGCUUGGAAUGCAGCACUGUCUGGGAAAAAGCUGUGGGUUAUGCUGCCUCCUAAUGUGAGCCCUCCAGGUGUUUCGACUGACGAGGAAGAAGAGGAAGUGACAUCUCCUGUUGGUGUAGCAGAAUGGGUUUUAUCAGGCUUCUAUAAUGAUGCUGUGAAACUAGCAGAGGAUGGAAAGUGCUUUAUAACGGUCACAUUCCCAGGUGACUGCAUAUAUGUCCCUUCAGGCUGGUGGCACACCGUUAUAAACCUGACUGAUUCUGUCGCAUUAACGGAAAACUUUGUACCGAGUCCAGUGCUACCCAAGGCUCUGCAUUUCUUCAGCUCCAAGAGAUCUCAGAUCUCAGGAUUUCAUCAUAAGGACACUUUGUGCGCGAUUGUCAACUUUCUGAGGUCGCAUGAAGCGGGGGAGGACGAGGAAUCGGCACGUAACUUUCAGAAACUUCAGAAAUUUAAAGCAGCAUGCGCCGAUCUUGAGUUAGAUAACAGUGAUUGCGGCCUCUCCGAUGGAAAUGCAGAAAUACCAGUUUACGAGUUUUUCGUAGAGCUAUUGAGAGCUUCAAAAUUUGGAGAUAGUUUACCUAGCGCUUUGGAAGAAUCUAAUGAGUUGAGACUGCAAGCUGCGAAAGAAAAGCAGAAGGAUGCAGCUCAGGCUCUGAAGACAUCAGAGAUUUGGACAAACCUAGCAUCAGAAUCCGGCACGGCCUUUAGUUUCGGUUUCACCACGGAAUAA